CGACCUCUGAUGUUGCGAACCCUCGUAAAAAAGAAAAACUCAAGAUUGGUUUUCAUUGAUGGGUCAAAGAGUAAGGAAGGUGUAGGCGCGGCUUUUACUUACAAUAAACAAUGUUUUCGCUGACAUCAACCUGAAGCAAUUACACUGCCGAAUGGUCAUUAAUAAACGUAUAAAUAUUGUGGGUUCUCUUUAUAAAGAAUUAAUUAUGCGUUGGCGUCAUUACUGGCCCUUAAGAAUGAAUUUACCUCAAACUCACAAGAACAAGAAAUUCUGAAUCAAUCAGCAAGCAAUUCAUUAGGUUUAUGAGAGUACCUGGCCCUAGUGGAGACAGGGGAAUGAGGUUUACUGUGCAGCCAAAAAAGCUAUCACAGAAGGUCUUCACAUAUAUGAAAUACCAGGAAAAGACUUCAAGGCCUCCCUAAAGGCGGCAACCAUGAAUUGGCAAAUUGAACUGUAUUAUAUAGCUGAGAACAAAUUAAGAUAAAUAAAAAAGACGUUAAAACGUCUUAGUCGUAACCCAUCUUUAUUCAGCUGAGUUGAAUCAGAUGAGGACCUACUACAGCCGGAGCUCAAUUGAGCUGGAAUUCAAAAGAAAAUCAAACAAACAUAACGGCUACAGUAUAGUUUAGAAUAAAUCUGUUCGAGCUUUAAUCAUAAAUAAAGUUGCCAUAGGAUCAGAACUAUUAUCCAGAGGAGCAAAUGUAUGAACAACUUUUUCGCUCUUGAACAGUGUGCGCCCAAAAAAGCUAGUUUCUCUAAACUCCGCCAACUUGCAGAAACAUGUGAUAAUUUCGUAGAAGCAAAAUGCAAAAGUUAAUUACAUAACACGACAUAUAUCUGAACAGAGCACAACACAGAACACAGACAUGCAAGUGAUACACUGUUAAGGACCGACCCCGGAUUCUGACGGAAAACCACCUCUUCCAGCUGUGCGUACAACGGUUACUGAUUUUGACUUGACUCCAGUCGAUAAGAAGUUAAUUAAGGGCGAUGUUUAUUCCGUUGUGCAUUUCAUCUUCAGUCCCAUGAAAUAACGAUGUCGGUCAAUGUAGAUAUUAGAGUGAAGAAAGCCAACAAAAUAUACUGUCAAGGUGAAACAAUUACUGGGCUGAUACUUGUCGAUUCACCGAUAGAGUUGAAACAUGAAGGAAUCGUACUUACAAUGGAAGGGCUCGUAAGCCUGCAGCUCAGUCCAAAAAAUGUUGGAAUUUUCGAGGCAUUCUACAAUUCUGUCAAACCUGUACAAUUAUGCUUUGCUACUGCAGAAAUAUCUGGGCCAGGGAAAAUGCCACCCGGACAGACAGGCAUCCCUUUUGAGGUUCCUCUGAUGCCUAAGGGUAAUAGAAUUCUGUACGAAACUUAUCACGGUGUCUUUAUAAAUAUACAAUACACGCUGAAGUGUGAACUCAAGAGGGGCUUUCUGGCGAAAGGGAUCAUUAAAGUUGCUGAAUUUAUAGUAGAAUACAAUAGCCAGAAAUGUGAUAAAGCUAAAUUGGAGCCAGUGCCAUUUGAAAUGACACCCAAAACAUUAGAGGCUGCAGUAGAUCUUGGUACAAUACCAAGUUUCAAAAUCACAGGGGUCAUCGAUUCAAUUGACUGCUGCAUCAACAACCCAUUUACCGGCAAUGUAGUUAUAAGGCAUAGUGAAAUCCCCAUAAAAUCAAUUGAGCUGCAACUGGUCAGGGUAGAAACAUGUGGAUGUGCAGAAGGAUAUGCAAAAGAUGUUACCGAAAUCCAAAAUAUACAGAUAGGAGAAAGCAAUGUUGUCUGUGGAAUUGAAAUACCGAUUUACAUGAUAUUUCCUAGGCUCUUUACAUGUCCAACCCUUACUACGAUCAAUUUUAAAGUUGAGUUUGAAGUCAAUCUUAUAGUCGUUUUUGAAAAUGACCAUCACGUGUCCAAGAAUUUCCCAAUACUUUUAAGAAGAGCAUAAUGGUUAAUACCCAAAAGAAGUGUUAAAACAUUUAUCUCAAAAAAAGAAUUUUGAUAAUAUUGACAUAUAUAUAUAUCUAUAUUUUAUGGAAUA